GGAUAAUGCCACUGUGGACUGUGGAGGUGUGGGCUACAGUCCUUUGCUGUGUAAUCCGCUUUUUCUGUGUUUAGUAACUCUCAAUUUUCAUAUUCAUAUUCAUAUUCAUAUUCAUAUUCAUAUUCAUAUUCUCUCUCUAAAUAUUGUUGUAAAUUUGUUUCUCUCUCUACUUUCUGAUUUCUCCAACCUCUGAAAAUGGCGAUUGGUAGUGCUAUUUCCACCUUAGAAUCUGCUCCAUUUACUGGUUUGAGGGUUUCUAAUGGUGAUGAUCUCAUGCAUUUGUCGAAAAGCCGUACAUCUGUUCUUUGUUGCAGGCUAUUGCCACAGGAGAUGGGUACCUCUCAAAGGAUAUUUCAUUGUGCCGGAGUGUCAAUGGACAGCAGUCCUUACUCUAAUACAAAAAAGAACUUGAUAGUUGGAAAUUAUUUUCUUGGUUCUUCCAAAGAAGAAUCGUUAUUAAGUCAACCACUGAAAAAGCAUCCAACUCCAGUGAGAGCAUUACUGACUUCUACAACUCCUGAUGUGUCUACAACACCUUUUAUUGGUGAGGAGAAAAUAGGAGUGUUGUUGCUGAAUCUUGGAGGCCCGGAGACUUUGGAUGACGUGCAGCCUUUCUUGUAUAACCUUUUUGCAGAUCCGGACAUCAUUAGAUUGCCAAGACUAUUCCGAUUUCUACAGAAGCCCCUUGCUCAAUUUAUUUCUGUUGCAAGGGCUCCCAAGAGCAAAGAAGGUUAUGCUUCAAUUGGCGGUGGCUCUCCUCUUCGGCAGAUAACAGAUGCACAGGCUGAAGAGUUACGGAAGGCUCUUUCUGCAAAAAAUGUUCCAGCAAAAGUGUAUGUCGGUAUGCGUUAUUGGCAUCCAUUUACUGAAGAAGCAAUUGAGGAGAUAAAACGUGAUGGCAUUGCUAAGCUUGUUGUGCUGCCUCUUUAUCCACAAUUCUCAAUAUCAACUAGUGGUUCGAGCUUGAGGCUGCUAGAGAGUAUAUUCCGCGAGGACGAAUACCUUGUCAACAUGCAGCACACAGUAAUUCCUUCCUGGUAUCAGCGAGACGGAUAUAUUAAGGCUAUGGGAGAUCUGAUUGAAAAAGAACUGAAGAAGUUCAACCGUCCAAAAGAGGUGGUGAUAUUCUUUAGUGCUCAUGGUGUGCCGUUAGCUUAUGUUGAAGAAGCCGGUGACCCAUACAAGGCUGAGAUGGAGGAAUGUGUUGACUUGAUAAUGGAAGAACUAGAGAGGAGAAAAUUUUAUAAUUCCUUCACCCUUGCCUACCAGAGUAGAGUUGGGCCUGUGGAAUGGUUGAAGCCCUAUACAGAUGAUACUAUUGUUGACCUUGGAAAGAAAGGUGUGAAAAGUCUUCUUGCUGUCCCAAUCAGUUUUGUUAGUGAGCAUAUUGAAACUUUGGAAGAAAUUGACGUGGAGUACAAGGAGCUGGCUCUAGAAUCAGGUAUAGAGAACUGGGGACGUGUUCCUGCCCUUGGAUGUGAACCGACCUUUAUUUCAGAUUUGGCUGAUGCGGUGAUUGAAAGCCUUCCCUAUGUGGGGGCAAUGGCGGUGUCAAAUCUCGAAGCACGACAGCAACCUGUCACAACUCAUGUAAUAUUGGUUCAAACAACUGAACAACCAAGAUAAUACCGCCAACAGGUAGCAUGUUGCCCAAUAUCUGAUAUACUACACCAGGUGCAUUUUCUCUUCAGCUCACUCACAAAUCAGGAACUCUUUGGUCAUUUUAUAAAGUCAUAAUAUCAUCUCCUAUAUUGUAAUAUUGCCUAAUGUUUUGUACUGGCCAAGUGAGUUCAGAUGGUAAGAGGAUUGUUCUAGCUUAAUCAGAGGUCCAGGGUUGAGUCCUGAGAAUGCUGCAUACACUUGUUGAAGUCUUGCAGCCUCUGGAUGGCAGUUUACAGUUUCAUAUUCUAUUUGCCUUUUUCCCCUGCUUCGAGUUGAGGGUGUGCACUUACUAGUGCAUAUAUUGUCGUAAUUCAUAAAGAAGUUCCUUUUAUACUCUCAUUUCCUCAGUGCUUUGAUGGCAGGCUGUGUUUGCUUUAUGAGUUUCUUGUAUACGUUAACUAAAACAAAGGGUUGUUA